AUGACAAGAAGAAAAAGCCUGCGGAGAUUACUUCCCUCUCCAGUGAUUGUGUGGGCGCUCUGUUUUACCCCCACGACGGCUUUUACCUCAUUCAAGGUGGGAUCUCAUGUUCUGCAAAAGACUCCAUUAGCUGCCAAGGGUUCUGGCCGCAAGAAAAACAGCGGCCGAGGUGGUGGCCAAGGAUUUGGAGGAGGCGCACCCCCUGAAAAGACCUAUGACAAGGUGGCUACCACUCCUCGCGCUGACGUGAUCGACACUGAAUCGGCCAUGAGAGAAUUUUUCAGCGCGAAUGAAGAAUGGCAUCCCAUGUUUCUGGAUUUUGCCACAAGUUCGUCGGUACCAGCCAUGACCUUUCUUGGAAAUUCGAUGGAUCCUGCUGCUACGUUGGCGUUUGACUUUGACAAUACACGAGACAGUGACCCGUGGAGACGAUUGGAUGGGAUUCCCACCGGUGACGCCGACCGAAAGGUGCUGGAAGAUGUUUUGAAUUGCAUGGAAGCCAGUUUAAUUGAUAUACCGGUGAAUGAACAAACCAAAGAUGAUGACGAUGAUCUGCAAUUCUUAGAAGAAGGACGCAGACUGUUAGCAAUCUCCCGUUUUCACGUCCUCCAAGGAGUCACUGGGGGUAGCGUGGAAUGCUAUGAUGCUCUGUUUUCAACAUGCUGGAGCGAGCUGAUGGAAUUGCGCUUUAAAAAUGAAGCCAGUACAGGUUCCUUGAUUGUUGUACCAGACUAUGACUUUGGGAAUCUUCAGAGAUUCACAGACAUGAACUUGCUUCGACCAUUGGAAUGGCUGGGGUUGCAAACAGAUUUUGAAGUUACCAGCUUGCACCGCGGAAGUCCGGCCAUUAGAUUGUUGCACAAGUUGCAAGACAUGCCUGAUGAACCUUGGAAUGAAGGAAUUGAUGGUGACGUGGAUUCCUCGACACAACUUUAGGCUUUGAUGGCACAGGAAAAGCAAUGUACGGAGGAGGCUACAGCGAAUAGACGACAUAGACAAGGGCUGUAUGGAGCAUGCUAAUAACGACGGAGGAGGACGACAAGCAGCAGCUCUGUAUUGUUUACACACAAAAAAGCAAAAGUAUAAACACAACUAGCUAGUUAUUC